CUUGCCGAGCCCCGCGAGGCUGAAACGCUUUCUCCCAGCAUGCAGCGGGAGGAGGGAUUUAACACCAAGAUGGCGGACGGCCCGGAUGAGUACGAUACCGAAACGGGCUGUGUGCCCCUUCUCCACCCGGAGGAGAUCAAACCACAGAGCCAUUAUAACCAUGGGUAUGGUGAGCCUCUUGGGCGGAAAACCCAUGUUGAUGACUACAGCACAUGGGACAUUGUCAAGGCUACACAAUACGGAAUAUAUGAACGCUGCCGAGAAUUGGUGGAAGCAGGUUAUGACGUACGGCAACCGGACAAAGAGAACGUUACACUUCUUCACUGGGCUGCCAUCAAUAACAGAAUAGAUUUAGUCAAAUACUAUAUUUCGAAAGGUGCUAUUGUGGAUCAACUUGGAGGAGACCUGAAUUCAACUCCAUUGCACUGGGCCACAAGACAAGGCCAUUUAUCCAUGGUUGUACAACUAAUGAAAUAUGGUGCAGAUCCCUCAUUGAUCGAUGGUGAAGGGUGCAGCUGUAUCCACUUGGCUGCUCAGUUUGGACAUACCUCAAUUGUUGCUUACCUUAUAGCAAAAGGACAGGAUGUAGAUAUGAUGGAUCAGAACGGAAUGACACCUUUAAUGUGGGCAGCUUAUAGAACACAUAGUGUGGAUCCAACUAGAUUGCUUUUAACAUUCAAUGUUUCAGUUAACCUUGGUGACAAGUAUCACAAAAACACUGCUCUGCACUGGGCAGUCCUAGCAGGGAACACCACAGUCAUUAGUCUUCUUCUGGAAGCUGGAGGGAACGUGGAUGCCCAGAAUGUCAAGGGCGAAUCAGCACUUGAUUUGGCAAAGCAAAGAAAAAACGUGUGGAUGAUCAACCAUUUGCAGGAGGCAAGGCAGGCGAAGGGUUACGACAACCCGUCCUUCCUCAGAAAGCUGAAGGCUGACAAGGAAUUUCGGCAGAAAGUAAUGCUAGGAACUCCAUUCCUAGUGAUUUGGCUAGUUGGGUUUAUAGCAGACCUGAACAUUGAUUCUUGGCUCAUUAAAGGGUUAAUGUAUGGUGGUGUUUGGGCUACAGUACAAUUUCUUUCCAAGUCCUUUUUUGAUCAUUCAAUGCACAGCGCAUUGCCCCUUGGGAUAUAUUUGGCAACCAAAUUCUGGAUGUAUGUGACAUGGUUCUUCUGGUUUUGGAAUGAUCUCAGCUUCUUAUCCAUCCACCUGCCCUUCCUCGCCAACAGUGUUGCUCUUUUCUACAAUUUUGGAAAGUCUUGGAAAUCAGAUCCAGGGAUCAUUAAAGCUACAGAAGAACAAAAGAAGAAGACAAUAGUUGAACUUGCAGAGACCGGCAGUCUGGACCUCAGUAUAUUCUGCAGCACCUGCUUGAUUCGGAAGCCGGUGAGGUCCAAACACUGUGGUGUGUGCAACCGCUGUAUAGCGAAAUUUGAUCACCAUUGCCCAUGGGUGGGUAACUGUGUAGGUGCAGGCAACCAUAGAUACUUUAUGGGCUACCUAUUCUUCUUGCUUUUUAUGAUCUGCUGGAUGAUUUAUGGUUGUGUUUCUUACUGGGGACUUCACUGUGAGACCACGUACACGAAGGAUGGCUUCUGGACAUAUAUUACUCAGAUUGCCACAUGCUCUCCUUGGAUGUUUUGGAUGUUUCUGAACAGUGUGUUUCAUUUCAUGUGGGUGGCCGUGCUACUCAUGUGUCAGAUGUACCAGAUAACAUGUUUAGGUAUUACUACAAAUGAAAGAAUGAAUGCCAGGAGAUACAAGCACUUUAAAGUUACAACAACAUCUAUAGAGAGCCCAUUCAACCAUGGAUGUGUAAGGAAUAUUAUAGACUUCUUUGAAUUUCGAUGCUGUGGCCUCUUUCGUCCUGUUAUCGUGGACUGGACCAGGCAAUACACAAUAGAGUAUGACCAAAUAUCAGGAUCUGGGUACCAGCUGGUGUAGCAGCAUCCGUAUGCCAGGAAACAUUGCUGCUGAGUGGGGCCUGAAGAUUGUCUGUCCCUGUCUCUCUCCCUGGGAUCCACAUCCUUGGAACAAAUAGCAUGCUAUAUGUAGGGCUAACCGUGAACUUGACAGCCUUCAUUCAGUACUUUAUUAACAAAAGCAAACAUGGACAGAACACACUGCCACGUCUAGGAAGAAAAGAUCAUAAGAGGAAUUUUCACAGUUCUUAAUGUUUGAAUUCACAUCAUACUCUACUUUUUGGUUUUGUUCUCAUAACAUUUUUCAUGAAAAUCUGAACUUAUUCUGUUACUAGAGAUGGCAAUACUGAGGAUAAAUGUUGUUAUAACUCAAACUAAAUUUACGUUAUACAGCUAAAUUGUACUGUGCAGUACUUACAAGUAUUGCAUUUAAUCCAAGAAAAUUGUCUUAACUCGAUGACUAGUAUUAUGUGCAUUUUAGAUGUACAUGUAAAUACUGUGAUGAAAAUCAUGUGGUUUUAUUAGAGGUCUGCUGUACUGUGUCCCCAAGGCACGGGAAAAUAAUGUUCAUGGAAACGGGCUUGCUCUUCUGUUGCCUCCAGCUCUUGGGAUGCUGGCUUAUUUCUAGUUCAGCGAAAUAAUUUCUAGUGACUGUGCUCUGAGGUCCCAUAGUCUGAUAAUAAAGCACUUGCAUGAGUAUACUAAGUCAUAAUAUUUUGUUGAAAUUUGAAGCCCUACUGCAUGCAUGAUACACCGCAUAGAAUGUAUACUAGCAGAUGCUGUCCAGAGAAGCAUAGAUUAGGUUUGAAUUUCAUGUGCAAAACAGCCCAAUUUUUUAAAGAGUUAAGGUGGAUUUUCAACAAGAAGCAAAACAAAUAAGCUAAUGCAAAAUUUUUUAUUAAUAGAGAUAAGUGGAUAUGCUUUUUAAAUUCUGAGCUGAAAAAUAAGUUGUAGACAAAAUAAUGGAGUCUAGGCUAAAAAUGGAGCAUGAUCUCUGUACAUAGCACAUGCGAAUAAAUGAAAAGCUAGGGAUAUUCUUUUUCUUUAAAUGACCUAUCAGAAGGUGAAAUUUAAACCCCAGGGUUGUUUUAAUUUUUGAAUAUGUUUUGAAGUUGGUAACACUUUCUGAAGCCUUCUCAGACCUUACUGUUAAGUGUGACGCACUGAUCAAGUUCUGUUGCAGCGUUUCCACACCCUCAGGAUUGAUUUGUCACUGCUUCCAUGAAUAUUGUUUACAGGGAGACUCGGGUUAGCCCUCAUACAUGCUGUAGCAAACUGUGGUUCGCAACCUGUGGGAGGGGCUAGGGGCGGGGUCAGACUGACAUCCUAGACCAGUGUAAAGAUUGUGUAUCUGUAUAUAAAUAAUUUAUCAAAUAGUUUUCUCUUUGUGUCUAUAUGUGUUAGUGUUUUUAAAGCUGCUCAUUUCAUUUUGUCCAACCAAAAGAAAAGGGAGAUAGUAAGAGCUUCUAGUGAUGUUCGAUAUUGCUGUUAAUAAGCACUAUACCCUGCAAGUUCACUGCAUGUCCAGUGCUAGGUAAGUUAGUAUACCUGUACCAUGCUGCUCACAGGUAUUACAGCAAUCUAGUGGCGCGCCGCCUGCCUCUCUAAGAGGAGCAGCGGGCAUGUACAUAGCGAUGCUCAGCAUUUCCAGGUACCACCAUUUUAUAGUAAUGUCUGUGACCCUAAGUCACCCCCAGAAAAUACCCUUAUUGUACUCGAGGGUUUUAAUAUUAGAAUUGGCAUAUGUACUUUAUUUUUGAAAAGGGAAGAGAUGGGUGUGGGGUGGUAAUAGCAUUGUACCAUUUUGUCAUAGAAUGUAAAAAAUUGGUCAACUGUACAAAUGUCUGCUAGUUUUGGCUAUUAAUGGGGGGAAAUUUUAGGUAAUUUUUAAAUUCAAAGUUUAUAAAAUGCUAGGAUUUGUUUUAAUUUUAUAUUUCGAGUCACUUCACAUGAAGACUCAGUUGCAGUUUUUAUCAGAUACAUUUUUAUCAACAGUUACAGACUGUGGUGGUUUCCUCAGUUUGAGUAAGAAUGUUGUUACCAUGUUCUUUCUUUGUGGUACAGUAUUCUUUCAGUCAGGAGCUGCUUCUCAGCACAGCAGACAAACCCCGUAGAUGUGUGACUCCAUGGACAGUAUUUGGGAGGGGAUGCUUGCCGGACUGAGUAUUCAGUCUCACCGCCAUCCGAAACAGGUUGUCACAUGGUCUCAGACACAGCGCGUUUCUAGAAGAGACUCUGGAGGGCUUGUGUGUAGGGCCAGUUGAAUCCAGUUCUCAGGCUGUGUUUGAAGGGUUCCCUUUCAGGGGCAUUCUUACUGGUCAGUUGGAUUCCUUUAGGAAGGAGGGACUAAGUUCUUUGGAGUUUUUUCAUUCAUAUUUUUGUUGUUUGUAGGAGUUUAUUUAAAUACUAGGCAUAAAGAAGCAUCCUACUUAAGCUAUGAAUGUUUUUGUUUUAUAUUUUCUUUAUUUAUAACUGUGCCAAGUAUUAUUCUGCUACUUACUGUGUUACUCUGUGGAAAGAAAAACUUGUAAAGUGUUUAAUAAACCAGUCCUCCUUAUAUAAUUUAAACCUGUCAAAAUUUUGUAAAAUAUUAAUCAAAAUAAAUAUUGACUCUUAAA